CGCGCCAGAAUCCUUUGUGGACCCGAUGGAUGGAAGAGUGACGGGAAGCCACAGACAGGUUUUCAGCUGCAGAGCAGAGCAGGGAGACCAAACGUGCCAUAUGAAACCCUCACUCUGACCACUGACCUCAGGCUGGAAGCAGCGAGGGGGCUUCAAGCCCAAAGCACCACCCCCACCCCCCACCCCCGCACUCCCUCCUCCGCUCUCAGCUCCUGCUUCUCUGCACCUUGGCCUGGCUACUUCGCCCCGCCUGCUGCAGCUUUUCUCCCAGCUCCUGAGCAAAGCCCUCCUCGAACUCAAGCCCCACCCAAACAGCCCCUGGGGCCCAGGCACUCCUGCGGGUGGAUGCAAGCGCCUAGCCUUUGCUGUCAGGCUGAGCCCACGGUGGAAUCCCACACCCCUGGAAACAAUGUAGCUGUGUCCGUAGUCAAGCCUCAGGCACUUGCCAAGCCUCUGUCCCUAGAGCCCCCUAAGCUGCCGUGAGGGUGGCGGGCUUUGCCCCUGGCCUCCCAGCUUCGGCCCGGCGGCCCGUCCUAGGUGCUUGGGGAAUGUCAGUUCUGCCCCCGGGGCCCGUCCUCACAACCGCGUGCGUCGGAGAGGGGCACCGGGCCCCUCACGCCACUCCAGUUUUGGCACCCAGAGCAGUUCCUCCGUCACAUCAGCCUUGAAAGUGAGCAUGCUGCUGCCAUUUUACGGAUGGGGCCACCGAGGCUCAGAGCGGUGUUGGAUCACCCAGCCGGGAUUAGAGCCCAGAUCCACCCCCCACCAAGAACUGGGCUCGUUUACUGCCUGUGGCAUCCAUCGGUGAACCCCGCUCUGGCUGAUGGCAUGUCCAGGAUCUGACCUCGCACUUCCCCUGCACAGGAACCCCCCAGUGUCCCCAGGAGAGACUGUGGCCCCUCACCCACCUCUGCCCUACAGCGGCCACACGACAGUGACCCUCCUGCUUGAUCCCUUCCUGCGUCUCCCCUCUCCCUUCCCUGGAACCUGCCUGGCAAAACACGGGUCCUCUUUGAAGACUUGAUUUUGAUUCCCAGCAUCCUUUGCUCUUGGGGUUCCCCCGCCUCCCCCUGCCAAAUCUGGAUUUCUUUCUCUGCCCUCGUUCCUUGUUCCUCCAUCGGGUCAUUCCUGCCAGAGCUGAGAAAGGGCUCAGUCCCAGGCCCUGCCCUCCAAGAGCUCCUGGUCUGGGCAUGAGGGGCUUCCUGGAGGAAGGGGGCAUCUUAUCCAGGCAUGAGAGCACCUGCCGGGGAAGCUCCAGGCCGCCAUCACUCACCGGUCUGCCAGACUCCUCCACGGCAGGGGGCAGCAAGGAGCGCUUCCACUGGCAGAGCCACAACGUGAAGCAGAGCGGCGUGGACGACAUGGUGCUGUUGCCACAGAUCACCGAGGACGCCAUCGUGGGCAACCUCCGCAAGCGUUUCAUGGACGACUACAUCUUUACCUACAUCGGCUCUGUGCUCAUCUCCGUCAACCCCUUCAAGCAGAUGCCUUACUUCACCGACCGCGAGAUUGACCUCUACCAGGGCGCGGCUCAGUACGAGAAUCCCCCGCACAUCUAUGCCCUCACGGACAACAUGUACCGGAACAUGCUCAUUGACUGUGAGAACCAGUGUGUCAUCAUCAGUGGAGAGAGUGGAGCAGGGAAGACGGUGGCCGCCAAAUACAUCAUGGGCUACAUCUCCAAGGUCUCCGGCGGGGGCCAGAAGGUCCAGCACGUGAAGGAUAUCAUCCUGCAGUCAAACCCACUGCUAGAGGCCUUCGGCAACGCCAAGACUGUGCGCAACAACAAUUCCAGCCGCUUUGGCAAGUACUUUGAGAUCCAGUUCAGCCGCGGCGGGGAGCCAGAUGGGGGCAAGAUCUCCAACUUCCUGCUAGAGAAAUCCCGUGUGGUCAUGCAGAACGAAAACGAGAGGAACUUCCACAUCUACUACCAGCUGCUGGAAGGAGCCUCCCAGGAGCAGCGGCAGAACCUGGGGCUCAUGACCCCCGAGUACUAUUACUACCUCCAGUCGGACACCUACAAGGUGGAUGGCACCGAUGACCGGAGUGACUUCAGUGAGACUCUGAAUGCCAUGCAGGUCAUUGGGAUCCCACCCAACGUCCAGCAGCUGGUCCUGCAGCUUGUGGCCGGGAUCUUGCACUUGGGAAACAUCAGCUUCUGUGAAGACGGGAAUUACGCCCGGGUGGAGAGUGUGGACCUGCUGGCCUUUCCCGCCUACCUGCUGGGCAUCGACAGCGGGCGGCUGCAGGAGAAGCUGACCAGCCGCAAGAUGGACAGCCGCUGGGGCGGGCGCAGCGAGUCCAUCGAUGUGACCCUCAACGUGGAGCAGGCAGCCUACACCCGCGACGCCCUGGCCAAGGGGCUCUACGCCCGGCUCUUCGACUUUCUCGUGGAGGCCAUCAACCGUGCUAUGCAGAAGCCCCAGGAAGAAUACAGUAUUGGUGUGCUUGACAUCUAUGGCUUCGAGAUCUUCCAGAAAAAUGGCUUCGAGCAGUUCUGCAUCAACUUUGUCAACGAGAAGCUGCAGCAAAUCUUUAUCGAACUCACCCUGAAAGCUGAGCAGGAGGAGUACGUACAGGAGGGCAUCCGCUGGACCCCCAUCCAGUAUUUCAACAACAAAAUCGUCUGCGACCUCAUUGAAAACAAGCUGAGCCCCCCGGGCAUCAUGAGCGUCCUGGACGACGUGUGCGCCACCAUGCACGCCACGGGCGGCGGCGCCGACCAGACCCUGCUGCAGAAGCUUCAGGCGGCAGUGGGCACCCACGAGCACUUCAACAGCUGGAGCUCGGGCUUCGUCAUCCACCACUACGCGGGCAAGGUCUCCUACGAUGUUAACGGCUUCUGCGAGAGGAACCGGGACGUCCUGUUCUCUGACCUCAUAGAGCUGAUGCAGACCAGUGAGCAGGCCUUCCUCCGAAUGCUGUUUCCUGAGAAGCUGGAUGUGGACAAGAAGGGCCGCCCCAGCACCGCCGGCUCCAAGAUCAAGAAACAAGCCAAUGACCUGGUGGCCACGCUAAAAAGAUGUACACCCCACUACAUCCGCUGCAUCAAACCCAACGAGACCAAGAAGCCCCGCGACUGGGAGGAGAGCAGGGUCAAGCACCAGGUGGAGUACCUGGGCCUGAAGGAGAACAUCAGAGUACGCCGGGCUGGCUUUGCCUACCGUCGCCAAUUCUCCAAGUUCCUGCAGAGGUACGCCAUCCUGACCCCGGAGACGUGGCCACAGUGGCGUGGGGAUGAACGUCAGGGGGUCCAGCACCUGCUUCGGGCAGUCAACAUGGAUCCAGACCAGUACCAGAUGGGGAGCACCAAGGUCUUUGUCAAGAACCCUGAGUCGCUCUUCCUUCUGGAGGAGAUGCGAGAGCGGAAGUUCGAUGGCUUUGCCCGCACCAUCCAGAAGGCCUGGCGACGCCAUGUGGCAGUCCGGAAGUACGAAGAGAUGCGGGAGGAAGCGUCCAACAUCCUGCUGAACAAGAAGGAGCGGAGACGGAACAGCAUCAACCGGAACUUCGUCGGGGACUACCUGGGGCUAGAGGAGCGGCCGGAGCUGCGUCAGUUCCUGGGCAAGAGGGAACGCGUGGACUUCGCUGACUCGGUCACCAAGUACGACCGCCGCUUCAAGCCCAUCAAGAGGGACUUGAUCCUGACGCCCAAGUGUGUGUAUAUGAUCGGGCGGGAGAAGGUGAAGAAAGGACCAGAGAAGGGCCAGGUGCGUGAGAUCCUGAAGAAGAAGGUGGAGAUCCAGGCCCUUCGGGGAGUUUCCCUCAGCACGCGGCAGGACGACUUCUUCAUCCUCCAAGAAGAGGCGGCCGACAGCUUCCUGGAGAGCGUCUUCAAGACCGAAUUCGUCAGCCUCCUGAGCAAGCGCUUCGAGGAGGCGGCGCGGAGGGCCCUGCCCCUCACCUUCAGCGACACACUACAGUUCCGAGUGAAGAAGGAGGGCUGGGGCGGAGGUGGCACCCGCAGUGUCACUUUCUCCCGUGGCUCCGGCGAUGUGGCUGUGCUCAAGGCUAGCGGCCGGUCCCUCACGGUCGGCGUGGGUGACGGGCUGCCCAAAAGCUCCAAGCCUACACGGAAGGGAAUGGCCCAGGGAAGACCUCGAAGGGCAGCCCAGGCCCCCACCCGGGCAGCCCCUGGGCCUCCCAGAGGCCUGGACCGCAAUGGGGUGCCCCCCUUGGCCAGAAGGGGGGACCUGCCCCUAGAGAUCCCAUCUGGAGGGGGCUUCCAGCAGCCUCCCCGGGGCCCUCCGUCGUCAGCCCUGAGGGCCAGCAGACGCCCCCGGGCACGGCCCCCCUCGGAGCACAACACAGAAUUCCUUAACGUGCCUGACCAGGGUGUGGCAGGCAUGCAGAGGAAGCGCAGUGUGGGGCAGCGACCUGUGCCGGGCGUGGGCCGACCCAAGCCCCAGCCUCGGACGCAUGGCCCACGGUGCCGGGCCCUGUACCAGUACGUGGGCCAAGAUGUGGACGAGCUGAGCUUCAACGUGAACGAGGUCAUCGAGAUCCUCAUGGAAGAUUCCUCCGGCUGGUGGAAGGGCCGGCUGCAUGGCCAGGAGGGCCUCUUCCCAGGAAACUACGUGGAGAAGAUCUGAGAGACGGCCCUGGAUUCUGCCUCCUGCCUGACUGCCUGCCAGGCCCUGCUGGCAGGGGCCUCGUUUUCCUUGGCCGCAUUGGCCAGAAGGUCCAGUCCUGUGGCGUCCAGCCCAGCCCAGGCUCUGGGUCACCAUUGGGGCUGGGGCUCACCCCUGCAGCCACCGCAGGGCCCUGGCCUCCCCCAGGUCACACGCAUUGCCUCCUGGGUCAAACAGGGCUAACAUCAGAAUCUACCUCCCAGCUGCCUUGUGCAUAUACGUGAGUUGUGUCCCGUGGGCCAAGUGCCAAGCACAGUUGGGGGCACACCUUGACAGGUGAGAUCCGCCCCCCUCUUUCUCUCACCACUGAGGCAAUAAACAUUGGCCAGGUGAAA